GAAUUAUGAAUUUAUAACUUAUCAUUCAGAUUAAAUAUAAUUUCAAUUAAUCUCCACUUAAAACCUCAGAUAACACAUUUUAAAUAAAAGCGUUGAUUUGUUGGGGAAAUCAUCAGUGUUUCGAGUGUUGUGAUUCGGACAUUAAAAAACCAAAAUGAAAUACUUCAUCACCUUCGCAUUGAUCGCUGCCGUGGCGUCGGCCGCCAUCAUCAGGCCCGCUCAGGUCCAGAACUUCCCCGAGGGAAGCAAGGACCCCCUUGUCCAGAUCAUCGUCAACGUCAUCGGUGCUUCUGAAAAUGUGGAGGUUCCCGCCAUCUCUGCGCCCGCCAUCGCCGGCCCUGCUCUGCCUGAGGCUGCCCCUGCCGUGCCUACUCCCAUCAUUGACGCGCCUACACCGAUCACCGUAGUUGAGGGUGCCCCCACCCCCAUCACCGUUGUUGAGGCCGCACCCACCCCCAUCACCGUUGUUGAGGCCGCCCCCUCCCCCAUCACCGUGGUUGAGGCCGCCCCCUCUCCCAUCACCGUUGUUGAGGCCGCCCCCUCCCCCAUCACCGUGGUUGAGGCCGCCCCCUCUCCCAUCACCGUUGUAGAGGCCGCCCCCUCUCCCAUCACCGUGGUUGAGGCCGCCCCCUCUCCCAUCACCGUUGUAGAGGCCGCCCCCUCUCCCAUCACCGUUGUUGAGGCCGCUCCCUCUCCCAUCACUGUUGUUGAGGCCGCCCCCUCUCCCAUCACUGUUGUUGAGGCCGCCCCCUCUCCCAUCACCGUUGUUGAGGCCGCCCCCUCUCCCAUCACUGUUGUUGAGGCCGCCCCCUCUCCCAUCACUGUUGUUGAGGCCGCCCCCUCUCCCAUCACCAUCGUUGAGGCCGCUCCCUCUCCCAUCACUGUUGUUGAGGCCGCCCCCUCUCCCAUCACUGUUGUUGAGGCCGCCCCCUCUCCCAUCACCGUUGUUGAAGCCGCCCCCUCUCCCAUCACUGUUGUUGAGGCCGCUCCCUCCCCCAUCUCCGUAGUUGAGGCCGCCCCCUCUCCCAUCACUGUUGUUGAGGCCGCCCCCUCUCCCAUCACUGUUGUUGAGGCCGCCCCCUCUCCCAUCACCGUUGUUGAGGCCGCUCCCUCUCCCAUCACUGUUGUUGAGGCCGCCCCCUCUCCCAUCACUGUUGUUGAGGCCGCCCCCUCUCCCAUCACUGUUGUUGAGGCUGCUCCCUCCCCUAUCUCCGUAGUUGAGGCCGCCCCCUCUCCCAUCACCGUUGUUGAGGCCGCCCCCUCUCCCAUCACUGUUGUUGAGGCUGCUCCCUCCCCUAUCUCCGUAGUUGAGGCCGCCCCCUCUCCCAUCACCGUUGUUGAGGCCGCCCCCUCUCCCAUCACUGUUGUUGAGGCCGCCCCCUCUCCCAUCUCCGUGGUUGAGGCCGCCCCCUCUCCCAUCGCUGUGAUUGCCCCUGAGAACCUCAACUAAGUUAACUCAAAAGUCUUACAAAAGGCAUAUAAUAAUAAGUUCGAAAUAGUAUUUUGUAUUUUAACGUAAAGUUAUAGAAAUAUAUUACUAAUUUGAAUUUA